UUGAAUUUAGGAUUUUUCCCAACAGCCCUGAAGUAGACUGUUUUGGAUUGUGUUUUGAUUGUUAUCGCUUGUCGUAUUCCGUUUCGGGUGAGUUCUUUUAGAGAUAACACACCUUUUUAAAGACUCGCAACCGGAGACAGCAACUCCACCUUGAACCUAGCAAAGUGUAUGCAAAGCUGUUAAGAAAAUAGUGAUUUUUAAACUAGAUGGUUACUGUUUAAUCAAAAUAUCAGAUGUAACUGUCACAUUAGAACAAUUUGGGACGUUUUUUUUUAAAUUAAUGAAUCAGAAUCAUUAGCCAAGAGAGAUGUUUGCUUACAGCUGUUGAGUUAGUGGUCAUUUUAGGAAAAAGAAAGAUGUCUGAGGUUGGAGAUAACCAACAUGAAACAGAAUCAGGGAAAGGAGUUCCGGAUGGACUGGACCAGCGGAACUCUCCAUGUACUGACCGUUCCAACAUGGAGCUCCAGGGUCUUUCCCCUCCUCUUCGCUCACCAUCAGCAGGACCAAGUCCCUCACCAUCUGCUGCUGAAUCAAGUGACUUGUUGUUAUUACCAUGGGAGAUCCUAACUCACAUUGCUUCGUACCUUCCAGCACAUUGUUUGAUCAACGUGCUGCCAAAGGUAUGUCGCACUUUGAGUACAGUAGGUGAAGACACCACAGCUUGGCAGCUACGGGCGCAAAGACUAAUUGGAUCAAGAGUGAGGUUUCCAGUUGGGCCGAGGGAUGGCUUUGACUGGCCCACUUCUUGCUUGGAGAUGGAGCAGCUCAUUACCUUCUGGGCAGGUGAAGUGCAACAUGUGGCCAAACAAUCAGAGGAGGAAAUGGAUCGCGUGAGGUUGGAGGAGAGAGGACAGUUUGCUGAUGGACAUGAAAAUGAAGGAGGAGAUGAGGUGGUUAGGGUGGGAGUGGCAGCACAGGAGGUUGCUUAUGGUGUGGAUGAAGGUAUAGAAGUAGUAAUGGAAGUGGAGAAUGGUGAAAUACAGGCAGUCUUAGAUGAGGCCCAGAUGGAAGAGUUGAGAGAGGGAUUGGAAGGCAGGCUGGAGGUUGACGCAGCUGCACUGAUUGAGGAUGGGAGGAUGGAGCUCAAUGCGGAUGCGGGGCCAGACGCAGCUCAUCGUGACCAAAACGACUUUGCCUACCCAAGACAUCUCAACGACAGGGGGAGAGUGGAAAUGGUCCAACACCAACCCUCCAGAAGUCCUAGUCCUCCCCCGGCAUUGGAGUGCAUUACAUUACCCUCAAGCCACAUUGCCCUGGUUAACUCGGUGCUCCUCCUUGGAGGAAAGGGAGCAGUUUGUGCCACAGGGUCGCGAGACUAUGACGUGAAACUUUGGGACCUGGAGGAAGGCUCUAACGGCACACUGCUGCACACGCUGGGAAGGAAAGGCGACUUCACAUCCCAUCAGGGCUGGGUCUGGUGCCUGGCAUCCGAGGGUCCUCUUCUGGCCUCGGGGAGCUUUGAUAGCACGGUGAGGCUGUGGGACUUACAGGCAGGCGGCACCAACAGAGGCCUGAUCAGGACCGGGUCAGCUGUUCUCUGCCUGUCCUGUCAGAACGAUGUUUUACUGGCCGGGACGUUUAACAAGAGGAUCAAUAUGUAUGACAUGAGAGCUGCUGAACCACUGAUUAAAAGUGUUCAUCUCCAUGGUAAUGCUGUAAUGUGCCUGGCUGCUGACGACACAUACAUCAUCUCAGGGAGCGAAGACUGCACUGUGGCAGUCUAUGACUGCAGGGCAAUGAAGGCAUUAAAGAAAAUUAAGCUGAGCUCCUAUUUAUCCUCCAUGAGCUACAGUGGCUAUGAGGUCUGGGCUGGAGACAAGAAAGGCAUGCUGCACUCCUUCUCCAUGCAGACCGGCACCUUAAAGAUCCUCUCCCGGUUUGAUGUGGGACAUACGGCUCUGGUUACUGGCAUCCACAAGUCUGCAGGAAGCCUCUACACCUGCUCUACCGAUAAAACCGUCAAGAUCCAUAUCCCAAGUGGGCCACCAAGGACUUUAUGUACACUGUGUCAUGCUGGUGUAGUUCAUGGGCUGAGUGUGGAGGCUGGAAUCGUUGCUGUGUCCACCGGCGACGAUACUGUGAAUAUCUGGAGACCCAGGAAAUGAAAUGCCACUGGAGGUUUUGAAAAAAAGUUUCAUACAAGAUCUGCACUUGAUGGCCAUAUCGUUCUGUCUGCAUUGUGAAAUUUAUGGAUAAGUGGUAUAAAAAAAAAUACAGAGGCUCUUCAGUUGAGGGAAUUUUUAUUACUUACUAAUAAAUGCACACUGGCAAUAGAAAGAAAGCAGGAUAAUAAAGUGCAUUUUCACUAAAGGAUUUCAAAAAGUAAAACAUUUUAAACAAUGGAUUCAAGAAAGAAAAAAAAAAACAGCACAUUUUGCUUUGCUUUGUCAAUAAACCUUAUGCAGCUUUUGACAGAUUUGGACAUGAAUGUUAAACCACUCAGUCUGAAUGCAUGCAAAAAUGUGUUAGCCUCACCUAAUCGAUUAAAUUGUUUAGCCUCUUGUGUUUUUAUGGACCCUGAUACACAAGCACAGCAAAAUUAGCAAGUUUUUUUCCCCUUCAAGUCAAGCCUUAAAAACCUUCUUGCACUUUAUAAAAUCCUGCAGCAGAAAUCCAAGCUUAAUUAAUCUUGUUCUGUUUUUUUUUUUUGUCUGUUUAUAUUGUUGAAAAGAUAAAUGCACUCUUGGAUUUUAUGUUAAAUAACAAAUAUUUUCAUGUUGAAAUCCAAUAAAUAUGAAGUGAAAUUAUA